AUGGAGCAAGUGGAACUCGGAACGCGCGACGGCGGCCAGUUGAAGUCUGUUGAUACCAUGGACAACAAGAGUGCGCAACCACGCCCGGAUGCGCCGCGCCGAACGACGCAUCCUGCUGCCGUAUUGAAGAAGCCGCCUGUUCCUGCGGCCGUCGACAGCGACUCUCCCACCUUUCCUCGUCCAUAUAUCAACAAUCCCAACAGCAGCCCCGCCAGCUACAGCUCCAACAGCCUGCCCCUGCGACCGCGCAACCAGCUUCCUUACUCAAGGCCUCAUCUUCGUUCCAGAUCACACGCCUCUGCGCUUGCUCCUCCCAUGGCGCCGCGAGCACAUUCACUACCUUCGGUGCAUUCGGCCGGUCACCAAUAUCCUUCUUCUCCUUCAGCGUCGCCCUUGCUACGGCCGUCAAGUCCCAUGUCCUCCCUGUCGCCGCGCCAGCCAUACUCACCAAAAAUGCGACCGACUUCUCCUUUCCGUCCUCGCUCGCCCUUACCUCUAGACGAAGCAACCUAUGCCCAACAAUCUUCUUCCUAUGAUGGGGCCUUCCAAAGCAUUUCUGAAGAUGCUGAGCUCAACAUAACCCCACGAUCACAUCUCGACAACCCCUCACACACAUUUCCAUUCGGACGCUCGCAAUCCCUGCGCCGACAACGACCAUCUUCUCCUCUGCAUUCGCUCACUCCUUCGGCUGCCACAUCCCGUUCGGCAUCUGCUACUUCUUCACCCUCAGUUGCUACAACUCGCUUCAAUGAGAACUUCCCUCCGCUACAUCACUACUCGAGCAAUUCUUCNUUUUCAAGUAUUUCUACAACGCCAUCCUCUGCUCGCUCUCGAUCGCCUAGUAUCUCAUCUCUCGAAACGAUCGAGGACAACCCUGAUCUGGAAUGGGAAGCUAUCGAGGCCGACCGCGCAGCCAAGCAACGCGCUGCAGAAGAAGCCGAGGAGCAAGGCGACGACAACGAGCCAAGAAGAAGAGGCAGUCUAGAUAUCCCGGGCCAUAGAAGCGUAGGCUUUGGCUUCGGCAGAAGAGGGGGAGAUGCCAAUCGAAAGAGAUGGAGUAUCUGUGGUGGUGAGAGGACAGUCGACUUGGACCUCGAGACCAUCUGGGAAGAUUGA